UAAAAUUAAAAUAAUAGUUAAGAAAAGACAGAAACUAACUCAAUUUUCCAAAUGGCUGCCAUUAGACCUCUACUUUCCAUAGCUUUCUUGGCUCUUUUCUUCUUCUCCGAAUCCCUACUCACUUCCCAUUCUCUUACCGGAAUUCCUCACCGGACCAUCUUGAACACGGCUGCGCAUCGGAUUGUGGAUGGCAGUGUUGAGUACUCCUCCUACCAAAUUAGGAAGUCGAAUAAGCUUCACAUCAAAGAUAUAAGAAAGCGGCGGAGUGGACCAAUACUAGUCAGCAGCAGCAACGGCAACCAUCAUAAAUCGGCAGCGAAUCGGCCAAGCCCAGUAGCGUCCCUUGAGUUGUGUUCUGUAUUACCGAAUAACUCGAACAGGGAGACGAUCUCCAAUGGAAGAAGAACACUUCCCUCUGCCCCAAUCCGGCCUCAAACAAGAUUUCGGGAAAUUGCAAUAUGGAUGCGAGCAUUACAGGAGACGAUGCAAAAUCCGUGCUCCAUGCUGCGACCGAAUCUUCACCUGUCGCCACUGCCACAACGAGGCCAUGACCUCGCUGAGCAAUCCCAAGGACCGCCAUGAACUUGUUCGCCAGGAUAUUAGACAAGUGGUUUGCUUGAUUUGCAACACAGAACAAGAGGUUGCUAAGGUUUGUCGCAAGUGUAAUGUUAAUAUGGGAGAAUACUUUUGCGACAUCUGCAAAUUCUAUGAUGACAAUACCGAGAAGAAACAGUUUCAUUGUGAUGCGUGUGGUAUCUGUAGGGUUGGUGGUCGUGAGAAUUUCUUUCACUGUGAAAGAUGUGGAUCUUGCUAUUCUACUCCUUUGCGUGAUAACCACAAAUGUGUUGAGAACUCAAUGAAAAGUUAUUGCCCUAUCUGUUGGGAGUUUCUUUUUGACUCAAUAAAAGACACAACUGUUAUGCCUUGUGGUCACACUAUACAUUGGGAGUGCUUCAGUGAGAUGGAAUCAAUGAAUCAAUACCGUUGUCCAAUCUGCUUGAAAACAGUUGUGGACAUGUCUGCGAGCUGGGCAUUGCUGAAAAUGGAGAUCGAGUGCACACCGAUGCCUGAGGAGUACAGCCACGAGGUAUCAGUCCACUGCAACGAUUGCAGCCAUAUUAGCAAAGUUCGUUUUCACAUUUUGGGACACAAAUGCAGUCAGUGCAAUUCAUUCAAUACUUGGAGGACUUCUUCCGGAGGACGUCAAUGAAAACUAAAGGUACCCAAGAAAUGUGGGGCUCUCUUAAUCUCAACAAUUGGAAUUAGAAUUUGCUGAACGUUUGAUUAUUAGAGCCAUUUCAUCCAUUUAGGAAGUCGCCCUGUUUUGUUCAGAGGCUGACUGUGAUUUGUUUUAUACCUAUGAUUUCAGACACAUUUAGUAAAGUAGUGCGAACUUCUAUAGGAAAUGUCAUUUUCUUUUUUCAUUGUAAAAUUUAGCAUUCAUCUUGAAUGUUUAUAUAUCAUAUUAGAUACAUUAUACAGAAAUGAAUUUUACAUGAAUCUCAAAUCCUUGUUUGAAUACUUGAA